AUGGGUACACUUGAGAUGACACAAGAGCAAGGCCCACCGUCAAGUAAAGACAAUGUCGCUGCGAAAGAAGACGCAACGAUGACCCGGUUCGGAGUUUUCCGGAUAAGAAGUCUGAAUACAAGGUCUAAAUCAUGCUGCGAUAGAUGUUUGGAGUUCUUAUUCGUCAUACUCGGUGUCGUUGCUAUAUUCGAAUGCAUCGGAGUCAUCGUGGUGACGAUUUCUACCGCUAUCGCCACCAAACUGUACAGCAGUCAGCAGUCGGGGAGGCUGGUCGCCAUGAUAACAGUGGCUGUGACGGCAGCUAUCGCUAUGUCUGUGGUCAUUUACGCAAUUGUCGGUGUGUUUAGAAAGUAUAAGAAACCCCUACAUGCAACAGUUGUGGUCCUUACAAUGCUGGCGAUUCUACAAGCGGUCAUCACCGGCGUGUCCGUGAAGGUGACGGCAGAUGAUGAGCGGAACUUAACCAGAUCUCUCUCUGAGUCAUUCCAACUGGCGAGGGAGGACAACCCGAGACAUCUGAAGCUAUGGGAUACCACACACCAUGACCUUAAAUGUUGCGGUAUAUACAGCCCUGAGGAUUACCGAACGGGGCUGCCUAGUUUCUUUCCCCCGGAUAUACCCAUCUCUUGCUGUCCCACUUAUGAUCCUUCCAGGUCUGAGUUAAUACAAGAGAGAGAGCGGGAAGCUUGUAAAGCGCGAAGAUCAUACUAUCAGACGGGCUGUGGACAGCCUAUCCUGGAUAUGUUUAAAGAAACGUCUACGGUUAUCAUGAUCGCCAUCAUAUUGCUCGUCAUUCUUGAGAUUACUCUAGCAAUAUUAGGGGGAGUGCUAUAUAAAAAGCAAAAGGAAAGAAGCCAAAGACAAGAAAAUAUAGAAGAACCAACACAGAAUAUUUAA